AUGUCCUCGACGCCUCUCCGUUCUACGCCUGAAAUUGCACGAUAUGAGUCUCCAGCACAGCCACAUACCUCAAAGCCUCAUAGGAGUCGGCGUCGACUUUUGCUCAUAAUCAUUCCAGCGGGACUUCUUGUUAUCGUUGCUAUUGUCCUCGGAGUAUUUUUUGGAACUCGGGCUAACCACUCAAACAACUCUAACGACGACCGCACUUCAACAGGCACCACUGGUACUCCUGGUUCCGGUAAUGGGGGCAAGACUGGGGCAACAACUGGUGGGGAUGGAUCCAUCGUGACCACAGAGAGUGGUGCGCAGUUCAGGUAUAACAAUACCUUUGGUGGUUUCUGGGUCAGUGAUCCUAAAAAUCCUUUCAACAACAAUGCACAACCGAAUUCCUGGACACCUCCUCUCAAUAAGUCAUGGACAUGGGGCCAAGACCGUGUGUAUGGGGUGAACUUGGGGGGCCUAUUUGUGCUUGAGCCAUUUAUCACUCCCUCGCUCUUUGAACGAUACGCUCCAGCUGCAGAUGAAUGGACCUUGAGCGUUGCUAUGGCCAACGACACGGCCAACGGCGGUCUCGGUCAACUAGAAACCCACUACGAUACAUUUGUGACGGAACAAGACUUUGCUGAGAUGGCAGGUGCUGGCAUAAACUUCAUCAGGAUUCCCAUUCCCUAUUGGGCCAUAGAAACAUGGGAAGGCGAACCGUUUCUUGCGAAAACUUCGUGGAAAUAUUUCCUACGGGUGUUAGAUUGGGCUCGAAAAUAUGGGCUUCGAGUAUGUUUAGAUCUUCACACAGUGCCGGCAUACAGGCUCCCAGAACGGCGCGACUUAAUCACUCUGGACGAGAUUAUCCCCGGUCAACUUUCUCAGCGGAAAUAUGUAACGGGAAUAGCAAACGCUCAAAGGACGCUGUAUUAUAUCCGGGUUCUAACGGAAUUUAUCUCGCAGCCAGCCUAUAGGGACCUUAUACCCAUCUUCGGUAUCGUCAACGAAGCAUUACUCGGUGUCAUUGGGAAGGAUCAACUAACCUCGUUUUAUCUGGAAGCACAUAAUAUGAUUCGUGACAUCACCGGUCGGGGAGCGGGCAAUGGCGCGUACAUCGCCAUCCACGACGGGUUUCAAAGUCUUGACUCUUGGGCUGGAUUUCUCCAGGGCUCAGACCGAAUCAUGUUGGACACGCAUCCCUACUUCUCAUUCGGCGGUAUUGACACUUCCCCAAUCAACGUCAAUGAUGGCAAUGGAAAUCCGGGGGGCAAAUGGCCAACACAAGCGUGUGCAGCCUGGGGGCCAUCGAUAAACACAAGUCAAACGGACUUUGGUGUGACGAUUGCUGGAGAAUGGGCUGCCUCUCCAAACGAUUGCGGAUUCUUCCUUCGCGGAGUUGGACCUGAAUCAACCAAUCCAGAUUGUCCAGACUACGAUGACUAUCUGAACUACAGCGAAUCUAUGAAAGCAGGAAUCGCAAAUUACGUGCUUGCAUCCAUGGACGCCACACAUGACUGGUUCUUCUGGACAUGGAAGAUCGGGCCCAAAAUGGACGGAACGAUUGGUGCACCACUGUGGUCAUAUCAGCUUGGCCUACGAGAAGGCUGGAUUCCUCGAGACCCCCGAACGGCGAAUGGAAAAUGCGCAGCGUUAGGUCAACAACCAGUAUCAUUCGAUGGGACGUAUGAGCCGUGGAUGACUGGCGGUACUACUUCAACCAUCGCUGCAUCCUCCACGGCAUCUUUCCCUUAUCCGCCAACCACAAUCUCCAACGUAGUCGUCCCUCUUUCGUUGAUGCCCACUUUCACUUCGACAGCACCAAUCAUUACAAUGCCGCCACAAACAUUCACGGCUGCUCCUAGCUCCGUGACGGCGUCCGUUGUUGGGUGGUUCGACUCGUCUGACACCACAGGGGGAGUGACAGCGGUUGCUGGCUGUACUUACCCUGACGCCUGGAACGGUAUUUUCUCAACAACACCCACAGCACCUUGUACAGGACCCACAUCAUGA